AUGAAAGCCAGGCGGGCUGCUCGCGGCUCACUAAAGGAGCCUAAGCAAAUUCCUUACACAAAAUCCUCACCAUUUGUAGCUUCUGCUCAGGCACGAGGUGCCGGUAACUUACUAUGGAAGAAACCAAUGGCUUUCCUGUCACGUAUGGUUUCGGUGGUGAUGGAAAAGGUUCGAUCGUCACCGAGUAAGCAUCUCAAAUACGGCGAUAUUUUGCGCGACAUUCCCUUCCAUGUGCACAACCGCAUUAUCAGUUACUUCUCGACGCAUCCAACCCUUUGCGUAGAGGUGUUUGGUGUUUCCCACGGGCAGUGUAUCCGCUUCACCCAUGGGCCGUGGGCUAGACAAACAGCAAUUGUUAUUGGUGUGCGGGGCGGGAAGCUUUGGGUGCUGGACAAAGAUGGCCCUGUGAUGGCCCGACCCUUGUUUACAAUAGAGCAACAUGACUGGGAAAAGCUUUUGCCGGAUGAGGAGCUGCUGAAGCGACUCAAAGAGGGACUAGAAGUGGCGCGACGAGGUGCAGAGCUGGACUAUGAUCCCGAGCAGCGGGAGUUUCUGCAGAAGGCGCCUGAUUUAUUUGUAGAAGUGGUUGAUGACGACAUGGAUUAUGCAAACGCUGGCUCCUCGGCAGCAUUGAGCAGCCGAGGUAGCUGCGCCAAAACCAUUCGAAGUGAGCGGUAUACCAGCAACGUAAACCCGGUUAGAGGCAUGGACGAUGGUAUUUUUGAACUUCCUGAGCGGUCCCGAAAACGCGUGAUUCUCGUUCCUCAGAUUGCUCAAGUAACGGGAGACGCGGGAUGGGCUGGUGAGGGUCUCGUCGUGGUGAAUGGGGGUGGUGUGAGGUCUUUUACAUCUUCCUUAUCCGCCUCGGUGCUUUUGUAA